AUGGCGUCGCUGAGUGACAAAUCAGUUUGGGACGAAGUGGAAGAUGGGAUCGGUGAAGAAGUUUUAAAAAUGUCUACGGAGGAGAUAGUUCAGCGAACUCGACUCCUCGACAGCGAGAUAAAGAUCAUGAAGAGUGAGGUUCUGAGGGUGACCCACGAACUUCAAGCCAUGAAGGAUAAAAUCAAGGAAAACACGGAGAAGAUAAAGGUGAACAAAACCCUGCCGUAUCUCGUGUCGAACGUGAUUGAGCUGCUCGAUGUGGACCCCAACGACCAAGAGGAAGACGGGGCAAAUGUGGACCUGGACUCCCAGAGGAAGGGAAAAUGCGCCGUCAUCAAGACCUCCACCCGGCAGACUUACUUCCUGCCGGUGAUCGGGCUGGUGGACGCCGAGAAGCUGAAGCCCGGAGACCUGGUGGGUGUCAACAAAGACUCCUACUUGAUCCUAGAGACCUUACCCACCGAGUAUGACUCCCGAGUCAAGGCGAUGGAGGUUGACGAGCGCCCCACAGAGCAAUACAGCGACAUCGGAGGGCUGGACAAGCAGAUCCAAGAGCUGGUGGAGGCAAUCGUGUUGCCCAUGAACCACAAGGAAAAGUUUGAAAACCUGGGCAUCCAGCCACCCAAGGGAGUCCUGAUGUAUGGACCACCGGGAACAGGGAAGACCCUCCUCGCCAGGGCCUGUGCCGCUCAGACGAAAGCUACCUUCCUGAAGUUGGCUGGCCCACAGCUGGUGCAGAUGUUCAUUGGUGAUGGAGCCAAGUUGGUGAGAGAUGCCUUCGCCCUGGCCAAAGAGAAAGCCCCAUCCAUCAUCUUCAUCGAUGAGCUGGAUGCCAUUGGUACCAAGAGAUUUGACAGUGAGAAGGCGGGAGACAGGGAGGUGCAGAGGACCAUGCUGGAACUUCUCAAUCAGCUGGAUGGAUUUCAACCCAACAUGCAAGUCAAGGUGAUCGCUGCAACCAACAGAGUGGACAUCUUGGACCCGGCACUGCUGCGUUCAGGCCGCCUGGACAGGAAGAUUGAGUUCCCCAUGCCAAAUGAGGAGGCCAGAGCACGGAUUAUGCAGAUUCACUCCCGCAAGAUGAACGUCAGUCCUGACGUCAACUACGAAGAGCUGGCGCGCUGCACCGACGACUUCAACGGCGCCCAGUGCAAAGCCGUAUGCGUGGAGGCGGGCAUGAUCGCGCUGCGGCGUGGAGCCACAGAGCUGAACCACGAGGAUUACAUGGAGGGUAUCCUGGAGGUACAAGCCAAGAAGAAGGCCAAUCUGCAGUACUACGCUUGAGGACACUGUACUCAAAGCGCUUUAACAGUCUCCUCAUUCAACUCAAGAUGCAACGUCAGGAGCAACUGAGGGUUCAGUAUCUUGCUCAAGGACACUGGAACAUGGUCACCAGGGCCGAGGAUCGAACCUAUAAUCGUUGGGUUGGGAGACGACCACGCUACCACCUGAGCCAUGCUGCUCCCGUAUCAUAAGCGUGGUGAGCACAUCCAAACUCCACACAGGAAGGUCGAAACCCGGAUUCAAACCCCCAACCGCAGAACAAUGAGACGUGCUAACCGCUCGUCUACCGCGGUGCCUAGUUAUUACUUGAUUGACAAACAAAAAACUGGAAUUUACAACUGAUAUCAUCACCCUAAUAGCAUUGUUGCCCAAGUAUUUUUUUUUUUACUUACUGUCACAAUAUUAAUAAAGGUACCAUUGUGCUUGCUAAAAAUUUUGUUUUUCUUUGUAGAUUCUCAGUCAUCUGGGUCAUGUUAAUCUGCAAAUGCUGAAGGAUUGAGGCAACUGGACUCUUUGUGUUUCUCUGUUUUCUGGAAAUGUUCCAAAAUGACCUUUGCAAUUAUGCUAACUAUAGACAAAAGAGAUUUUACCACACUAAACAAUUGUUUGAUACAAUGUCAUCUAUUGGGAUAGUACAAAAAUAGUGAAUACCAAAAUAAUCCCUAGAAAAGAUAUUAGUUGAGCCCACUCAUUGUCCAAUUAGUUCAUCAGGGCAACAGGAAACACCCACAAGUUAAAAGCCACUUUUACUUGACACUAAAAGUGAAUGUUUCCUUUAGUACAUACAUAAAUACAGUUUAACAAAAAAAGAUGGAGGCUCCACCACUUAAGGUAUUUUAGCAUCAAGUCUGCUGUGGCCACACAGUAAACUCAUAGUACAUGCAGAGCAAAAUUUGUACAAGUAAAUCACUUUCAAGUUUCAAAUUUAAGCAACUUUAAUGUUGUUUACUGUAUUCUUUAGCAUUUUAUUUAUUUGUUGGAAAUGGCUGUAGUUUUGUACUGUUAGUAGUUAUUGAUAUAUGCUAAAAUAUAUACUGUUAUUGUGUAUUAAUUCUCACUGCCCAUAACAGGUAAUAAAUUCAAUGUAUAUAAUAUUCUAAUUAAAGUAACUACUCCUCCCCUGUGGCCAACUGAUUUCAAAUAAUCUAUACAUGGACAAGAAAAUAGACUUAUACAGAAACAGGUGGGGGAAAAAAACUAUGAGAAGCUGCAUAUUUGAAAAUAUAUAUUUAUUUAUGUUUGUAUAUCCAUUGUCUUCCGCUUAUCCGAGGUCGGGUCGCCGGGGCAGCAGCCUCAGCAGGGAAGCCCAGACUUCCCUCUCCCCAGCCACUUCCUCUAGCUCUUCCGAGGGGAUCCCGAGGCGUUCCCAGGCAAGCCGAGAGACGUAGUCUCUCCAGCGUGUCCUGGGUCGUCCCCGGGGUCUCCUCCCGGUGGAACGUGCCCGGAACACCUCACCAGGGUGGCGUCCGGGAGGCAUCCUAAACAGAUGCCCGAGCCACCUCAUCUGGCUCCUCUCAAUGCGAAGGAGCAGCUGCUCUACUCUGAGACCCUCCCGGAUGUCCGAGCUUCUCACCUUAUCUCUAAGGGAGAGCCCGGACAGUCUGCGGAGGAAACUCAUUUCGGCCGCUUGUAUCCGGGAUCUUGUUCUUUUGGUCACGACCCACAGCUCGUGACCAUAGGUGAGGGUAGGAAUGUAGAUCGACCGUUAAAUUGAGAGGUUUGCCUUUUGGCUUAGCUCCUUCUUCACCACAACAGACCGAUACAAAGUCCGCAUCACUUUGGACGCUGCACCGAUCCGACUGUCGAUCUCCCUCACUCGUGAACAAGACCCCAAGAUAUUAGAACUCCUCCACUUGGGGAAGGAUCUCAUCCCCGACCUGGAGAGGCCACUCCACCCUUUUGCGACUAAGGACCAUGGUCUCAGAUUUAGAGGUGCUGAUUCUCAUCCCAGCCGCUUCAGACUCGGCUGCGAACCGCUCCAGUGAGAGUUGGAGAUCACGGCCUGAAGAAGCCAACAGAACCACAUCAUCUGCAAAAAGCAGAGAUGCAAUACUGAGGCCACCAAACCGGACCCCCUCUAAGCCUCGGCUGCCUCGUCCAUAAAAGUUAUGAACAGAAUCGGUGACAAAGGGCAGCCUUGGUGGAGUCCAACCCGCACUGGAAACGAGUCCGAUUGACUGCCGGCAAUGCGUACCAAACUCUGACUCCGGUCGUACAGGGACCGAACAGCCCGUAUCAGGUGGUUCGGUACCCCAUACUCCCAAAACACCCCCCACAGGACUCCACGAGGGACACGGUCGAACGCCUUCUCCAAGUCCACAAAACACAUAUAGACUGGUUGGGCAAACUCCCAUGCACCCUUGAGGACCCUGCCGAGGGUGAAGAGCUGGUCCACUGUUCCACGGCCAGGACGAAAACCACACUGCUCCUCCUGAAUCUGAGAUUUGACAUCCCAAAGGACCCUCCUCUCCAGCACCCCUGAAUAGACCUUACCAGGGAGGUUGAGGAGUGUGAUCCCCCUGUAGUUGGAAGACACCCUCCGGUCCCCCUUCUUAAAAAGGGGGACCACCACUCCAGUCACAGCUAAGUCAUAUUCCACUCAUUGGCUUGUUUUGUUUGUGUUACGGACUAAUUUGUAAUGCACUGUACCACCACCUACAGCGGCGGUUCCCAGCUUUUUAUUGAGCCAAGGCAGCUAUUUUAUGUUAGAAAAAUGUCAUGCCACACCUCCAAACAAAAAUAUCACAAAGCAUAUACAGUAUACUGAAAUAAUGAUCUUGUCUGUAUUUGCUUUGUAAUGUGCUUCGUGUGAAAUCUGGGCCUGUUGAACACAAAGCUAUUAUUUAGUUGUAUGAAUUACAAUGUGGGUACACCUGUCAUGGUCUGUGUUUUGGGUUUGGGUUGUGUUUAGUUUUGUUCCAUAUUUUCCUGUGUUCCAUGUUUGUCGUGUGCUCAUUAGGUUGUUGUGUCCACCUGUUCUCGUCUAUUUUGUGUCGACCAAUCAGCUCUCUCCAGCCAGUCGUGUCUUGUCCAGGUGUUCCUCGUUGUCUCGUCAAUUUGUUUGUAUUUAGUUCCCUGGGUUCUUUCAGUCCUUGUCGGUUCAUUGUCGUUGUCACAUGUCUUGCCAUGUCAUAGUCGCCAGUUGUUUUUGUCAUAGUCGCCUGUUGUUUUAUCAUUGCGAUUAAAUAUUAUUAUUUUGA